GUAAUCACGUGAGUGAGUUGCUCGCCGGGUCACAUGGCUGAGAGUCAUUUAGCUCCUCGCUUGCACAGUCAGGGAGGCAGUGCUGGAAAGUGCAAAUCAUUAAAAGAUCAACAGUCCAUAUUCGGGGCGCACUACGAUGCCGUGUUUAUUUUAUUUUCGCUGAACGUGGUGAAUCUCUAAGCGGUUAAUGGAAGGACGACUCAGCCCAUUACACGAUAAGGAAUAUAAUACAUCGCAUCACACAUCCCUUCUCGAUACAGAGUGUCCUCACCGAGGUCAUUGAGCAUUCCCUGGUGUUAAGGGUUACCUGGACUAAUCCAGCUGACCUUAUCUGAGCCACAGGAAACAGCCUGCUCAACCUGAAGGAGAGAUUGAAACCAUGAACUACGUGGGUCAGCUGGCUGGCCAGGUGCUGGUGACGGUUAAGGAGCUGUACAAAGGGAUCAACCAAGCCACGCUGUCCGGCUGCAUCGAUGUGAUCGUGGUGAGGCAGCAAGACGGCACCUACCAGUGCUCUCCAUUCCAUGUGCGCUUUGGCAAGCUGGGUGUGCUGCGCUCUAAAGAGAAAGUGAUUGACAUUGAGAUUAAUGGUGAGCCUGUGGACCUGCACAUGAAGCUGGGAGACAAUGGAGAGGCUUUCUUUGUACAAGAAACCGGCGAAGAAAAUGAGGUGGUUCCGGCUCACCUAGCAACCUCGCCGAUCCCCACCGAGGAGCAGGUGUUCUGGAACCUGGAGAACCACCUGGCGAGUUCCGGAAAGGAGGACCGCCUGCAGUCCUCGGAGAACACCAUGAAGAGCAUGGACCCAGACAGCCCAAUGCUCAACACAGGCUCCGUGAAAAAGAAGAAACGCAGGAGGAAAAAGCACAAAACUGAUGUCAGGAAAGAGGAGCAGAGUCCGGCUCCUGGAAGUGAAGAGGUUUUUGAAAUGGAUCGCAGUUCUGAUGAAGAACAGCUGUCUCACAGUUCAAGAUCUUCCUUCACCCCUGCAAAGGAAGUGGAGUACAAUCAGCCUUUGAUCCUCCACAUUGAUAACUAUCCUUUGUCUGAUGGAGAUUGGUCUCUUUCUGACAGUCGAACCAUGUCCCAGAUCUCCUCUCCAAAGAGUGACUCUGAACUGGUGGUUAAGCCCUCAGAGAGCCUGUUAAGAGCUGAGUCUCACAUGCAGUGGACAUGGGGAGAGUUUCCUGAAUCUACAAGGGUCAGCAAGAAGGACAAGUCUGAUCUCCCAAAGACGGUGACCAUCACCCCAUCAGAAAACACACAUUUCCGUGUUAUCCUAAGCUCUGAUGCUUUGAACGCAGAGGGAGAAGCCCAGGGAGCUGUGGUGGAUUCUGUUUGCUCUAUAGUAAAGCCGGAACCCAGAAACCCUGUCACUCCAUUGACGCCCAGCAGUACUGACUCAGUGCAAGAGCCCUGUCCAGACCUGCCUGUGAGAGGGGAUCAGGCUGGAGACCUGGCAGAUGGCAUCACUGAAAUUAAGACCUUCUCGAAAACUGACUCCCCUUCUAAAAAGAAAGGUGUUCGGAAGAGGAGUCAACACCAGGGGCCUGAUGAUAUCUACCUAGAUGACCUGAAUGUGUUGGAGCCUGAUGUUGCGGCACGCUACUUUCCGAAAAGUGAGUCUGACCCCGGUCCCAAGCACUGGCUGGAGUCUGACAUUCGCUCUGGCUCUCAGUCCCCUCAGUCUGUUGGGAGCAUGGCUGCUGACAGCGGCACCGAGUGCCUCUCUGACUCUGCCAUCGACCUCCCUGACGUCACCCUGUCCCUCUGCGGAGGGCUGAGUGAAAACUCGGAGAUCUCGAAAGAAAAAUUCCUGGAACACCUUAUUACAUAUCAUGAAUUUGCUGAAAACCCUGGAAUUAUAGACAACCCCAAUCUGGUUAUAAGAAUUGCUAAUAGGUAUUACAACUGGACUUUGGCUGCCCCUAUGAUACUUAGUCUGCAAGUUUUCCAGAAGAGCUUACCUAAGACCACAGAGGAAGCCUGGGUCAAAGAGAAGAUGCCAAAGAAGUCAGGAAGGUGGUGGUUUUGGCGAAAAAGGGCUGACAGCAGUGUCAAGCUGGAGGCCAAGCUGGAGUCCCAGGAGUCUCAGAGUGGAAGUUCUCCCUCUCUCACCCAGCAGGACCCCACCCUCAGGUCAAAGAGGGAGGACUCAUCGAGCGAUGAGGAGUCAAAGGAGAUCAACAAAGCUAACCUGCAGGAUAUUGGGCAGUCUGAAAGUCUCAACCAGUGCAGUACAACAUCUUACAAGAAGUCACUAAGACUGUCCUCUGAUCAGAUUGCAAGUCUGAAGCUGAAGGAAGGCCCGAAUGAUGUUAUGUUUAGCAUAACAACACAAUAUCAAGGUACAUGCCGCUGUGAAGGAACUAUUUAUCUCUGGAACUGGGAUGACAAAGUCAUCAUUUCUGACAUUGAUGGGACAAUCACGAAGUCUGAUGCUCUUGGGCAAAUUCUCCCCCAGCUUGGUAAAGACUGGACACACCAAGGGAUUGCUAAACUGUAUCACUCAGUACACGAGAACGGCUACAAGUUUUUGUACUGUUCGGCUCGAGCGAUUGGGAUGGCAGACAUGACCAGGGGAUACCUGCACUGGGUCAAUGACCGAGGCACAAUUCUCCCUCAAGGCCCUCUGAUGUUGUCUCCCAGCAGUCUCUUCUCUGCAUUUCACAGGGAAGUGAUUGAAAAAAAGCCAGAAAAGUUUAAGAUUGAAUGCCUUACUGAUAUCAAGAAUUUAUUCCAUCCAAACCAACAUCCUUUCUAUGCUGCCUUUGGAAACAGACCAAAUGAUGUGUUUGCCUACAAGCAGGUUGGUGUCCCAGUCUGUAGAAUAUUUACAGUCAAUCCAAAAGGGGAACUAAUACAAGAGCAAACCAAAGGAAACAAGUCCUCGUACAGCAGGCUAAGCGAGCUGGUAGAGCAUGUUUUCCCACUGCUAAACAAAGAGCAGAGCUCAGCGUUCAGCUCGCCGGAGUUCAGCUCUUUCUGUUUCUGGAGACAGCCCAUUGCGGAGAUCAACGAGGAGGACCUGGCGUGACUCACUCAAUGAGUCUCACCGACGCUUGUGCCCGCAGCGUGUGGAAGUUCCACCCGGGCGGUGGAGGCACUACACAGGACGAACAGACCAACUCGCUCAGUGUUUCUCUGUCCAUAAGGAUUGAACCCUGUUUCUUCAAUAGCCUAGACAGCCAUGAUGAUUCUUCCAAAAGGAAUAAACAUUUUUUUACUCGGUCGUCUUGCAAAUCAUUAAUUAGCACUGAAGCUAAUAAAGUUAGGAGUUUAUAAAGGACACUCUUAUGUCACUCGUUUUUAAUAGACGAGAGUGUGGAUUGUGACAUGAAGUUUAUUUUUUGUAAAAAAAUCAUGAGAUUUCAUUGUUAGGGGACGAUUUUGCACUGGAUUGAAACCUGUUGUAAUAUUUUCGCUUUGGUUUGUGUUCUGACAAAAACAUCAAAUGUUUUAAAAGUUUUUUCUCAUGAAAUGUUGUAUAAUAAUACAGUAAUUUGAAUGUAGCAGAUAAAAAAAUAGGAUUUGCUUUGUUCAUCUUAAUAAAUAAUAUUAAGUUUAUUCUUUAAUGCACAAUAGAGCAACUUUCCUCUGUUCUUGCUAUUUCCCUUCAAUAGGUUGCAUAUUGUUUUCCACAGUGCAAGAUUAAAAUCCCUGAUAGGUAUUCUAAAGACAUCUAUGGUAAUUAUCUCAUAGAACAGUGGCAGCUCCUGCUUUGUUAUUUUAAUUGACAGCAAAUAUCUCAUUUACAAUUAUUUGUUAUUAUUCAGAAAUUAAUUUGAAGGGAUGUUAUUUGUCUUGCUGAACUAUUGUAUGCAGUGCAUUUCAACAUUUUUCUUUUUAUGUAUGGGAAUGCAGCAGCCUUACUUUACUUUUCACUUGACUCAGUUUUUUGCACAUAAAAUUGCCGUUAUUGUAACUGGCCACUGUCAAGACUUAAAUAGGAUAUACACAUUCUGGAACCAUUCAAAGUAUUUUAAAGCUGACGGAGAGAGGGAAAAGAGAAAAUCAGUAAAUGAUUAAUGUUAGCGAUGACAUUGAUGUAUAACAGUUGUUUAAAGUUUUGCAAUUACUGCAUAUUUUCUUGUUCAUUUAGGAAACUUAAAUUUGGUAAACCUAAGUUUUUUUAUCUAUCACUGCCGGUAUCUUUACCUUUACACAGUAGUUUAAAUAUCCACGUGUAAGCAAGACAAGAAUUUUGACGUAUUUCUGUUUGAGACAAUAUGCUUAAUAUACAGUAUGAAGCACAAUCUUAUCCAUGACUGACAUGUUCCAAGAUUCCAUGCACUUUUAAAAUCAAGGUUAGAUACAGAGCAUUGCUGCCAGUGUGUAUUGUAUUUGUAACAUUUCCUAUCACUUGCAGUGUAGCAUCUUUCAUUCAGUAUUUUAUGAAAUUCAAAAGUAAAGAAAAUCUGUCUCAGCAUUUCAUAUUAACAAGUGAUGCCGUUCUUUCUAUGAAAGUAAUAUAUUUGUGUGAAGAAACACACGUCCUAAGAAUAAAAAUGGUAUUUAAACUAUAGAUAGAUAUUAAAAAACUGAUGGGACUACUGUGGUAGUUCAUAAAGUCAUAGAAUUUAAAUAUUUUUUCCUAAUCUUCAAUGCAUUUGUUUGAUCAAUGUUUCAGUCCUGAAGUAAAUAAUUUGGUUGGUUAUAUGAAUAUUUGUUUGCAUUCAGAACUUUGAUAUACCUUUAAAUACAUUACAACUUGAUUAUAUUGUACCACAUACACUUAAUUUAAAUGUACAGAAUUUAUUUGCAGUGUCUGCAGUACAUGGAUGAUGGUGUCUAAACAGUUUACAUGAAACAUUAAAAAAUUAUAAAUGAUUAAAAUUUCAAAA